ACCUGCUACUUACCUGCUACCAACAUCAUGCUCUGCAUCAGGCUCAGCAGCAGCACACUGCUGCUGGCAGCAACGUAUUUGCUCAUGACAGCAGAUGUUUCCACAGAGAGAAUUAUCAACUGUGACGACGGCUUCAGUGUUCAACGUCUAAGCUGUGCCAGUGGAGUGAUCAGUGUGCAGGCAGCUCUGUAUGGACGUGUAGACACUGAGACCUGCAGUGAGGGCAGACCUCCACAGCAGCUGACCAACACAAAGUGCUCUCAGCCGGGCACGGUAGACAUCCUCAGGAAAAGCUGUAAUGGAAAAAACAGAUGUAUUAUCAAAGCGAGCAACUCUGUGUUUGGAGACCCCUGCUUAGGCACGUACAAAUACCUGGAGGUGGCCUACACAUGCCAGUUAAGUUUCCUUCCCAGUCUGUUGCAGCUCAAAGUGUUGAUUUGCAUAAAGAGAGGCAGUUCUCGCCCCAAAGACAAUAAAUAUCAGGUUCCUCCCUCAACCACCAUAACUUCACUCUUCAACUCUUCAUCAAAAUCUGGAUCAUCUGACACCAUGCUCUGCUCCAGACUCAGCGCCACACUGUUGCUGGCAGCAACAUGUUUGCUAAUGAGAUCAGGCUUUUCUAGAGCCCAAACUCUGAUCCCCCUGUCCACGAACACAGUGAUCACCUGCGAUGAUGCCAGCAAUGUCCAACGCCUGAGCUGUGAGAGUGGAGUGAUCGUUGUGCAGAAAGCUCUGUAUGGACGUUUAAACAGAGAGACCUGCAGUGAGGGCAGACCUCACAACCAGCUUCACAAUACACAGUGCGCUCAGAAGGGCACCGUGGACGUCCUCAAGAAAAUCUGUGAUGGCAAGAAAGUGUGUGAAAUAAACGCACAAGUUGUACGUACUUCUGAUCCCUGCGGAGGCAUCUACAAAUACCUGGAGACCAGCUAUGCCUGCUUCCCGGCGGUCAGCACUGUAGCAUGUGAGAGUUCUUUUGCAAACCUGCAGUGUGAUGACGAUCAGGUUAUAUUUGUGUACGGGGCUGAUUAUGGACGCCGUGACCCCACCACAUGCUCCUACAGACGUCCUGCCUCUCAGCUCCAAAAUGUCCACUGCUCGAGGCCCACUACCAAAGUUGCUGAAAGCUGUAAUGGGAGAAGCAGCUGUAUGAUCAAAGCGAGCAAUUCGGUCUUUGGAGACCCCUGUGUCGGCACUUACAAGUACCUGGAGGUGGCCUAUACAUGUCAUUGUAAGUAGCUCAAAGGCCCUGUUGGCUUGGUUUCACUCUA